GCACAAAAUACUGAAUGAAAACGGAAUCCCAAGAUAGAACUGCUCCAGUUGACAGGAUGCAGGACUUCCUGAGGCUGCUGAGGGAGCAUGGGGACACCAGCUCUCCCCCACCAGACUUGUUGACCCUGGCAGGCAAGCUGUGUUGGGACUUCCAUGACAACCCUGUUCAGGUGCUACAUUUGGUGGAAGCCAUUCUGAACAGCAAGCUUUGCUGGGAUCUUCUGAACAAUGCAGACAUGAACCUGGUGUGUGCUCAGGUCCUGUUCCAGCAGGAGCAGCACCAUUUAGCCCUCCAGAUUCUAGAGGUGUGUCACAUGCCAGGAGGCAGCCAGGAGCUGACACAUCUCUGGAAUAACAUCCACUACCACUUGACCAUGAGGAGGCUGGGUGUCACCAAGCUGAGUUCAGCUCAGAGGUUUCAAUGCACAAAGAGGAAUCCACCAUCCCUUACCAUCUGUCUUGAGGGUCCUAAGAACCGGAACUUUCCCCCAGAGGUUCACAGCUAUCUGCAGGACUUUGCCAGAGGUGUAAGUGCUUAUCCCAAGAAGGUCCAGUUGGUGUACAACUGGUACAAUUAUCGGUGGCAUCAGAAGGCUCUUCUCCAGCAUGUGGCAAGAGCCCAGAUGGCCAUAUCAGAAGUUCUAGGGAAGGAUCAUGUUCCUGAGCCAGUGCAGCUCUCAGGAAACCAUUCUGGAUGUGAAGGAAGUGGGACUCUACAAUACCCAGAGACCACCCAACAAUCUAAGGGGCUGAAGUCCCCAGCUGUGAGGUUUUCUGGAGACAACACAACAGCACAACCACUGGGUUUCAGGUCACUAUAUGGAUGGGAAAGGCACCCAGAGUGGCGAGGUCAUCAUCCUGCCAGCCUCACACCCGUGGCCCCUGACAAUGGGCCUGGCCUCUGCUCUCUGGCUGCUGGCAGUAACAUGCUUGAUUCCUCCGUGAAUGUCCCUGAGUCUUGUAUGAUGCCCCUUACACUGCCAUCCUCCAAGGAAGUUUUCCCCAGUGGAGAUUUACUGAGCAGUAGAGAAGCCAUCCUCAGAGCUUGCACCCAGAGGAGGGUCCAGGACCCAGAAGUGGGCAAGCAGCUUCCACUGCAGUCUCUAAAAUUCAUCAUCAACAUAGCACAGUUAUAUAAGAUAGAGCUCUUCUCUUUCAGUUCUCUGGAAGUGAUGCCAGCAUUACCUGCCAUGCCAGCACCUCUGUCCAUGAUGAAGCUGAGCCAACCCUUGCCCUUCAGCCAGGUACAAAGGGCUGAUGACCAGCCCUCAUGGGAUGCUUUCUGGGGAGCCACAAUACUCCUUGAGUUUUCUGAGGGACCCCUGGGUCGAACCGCCCAUGUGGAGUUGGAGCAGCACAUGGAAUAA